AUGGAGGACCGCGAAUCAAGCCCAGCGUCGUCGGUCGACUUCUACGGCUCUGACGCGAAUCCUCCCCAGGCGACGGCUGCGCACAGCGACGCGCCUGUCGCAAAGCGCAAGGCAGAGGAUGCGCCCCAUGAGCGUGAAAAGAAGCGCAAGCUCAGCAGCGCGAAGCCGCUCGUGAAGCUACCACCCGAGUUGUGGCAGCAUGUUUUCUCUUUUUGUUCGCUUGCAGAUCUCGGUCGAUUGAUCCAGGUCAAUCGAUCUUUCUUAUCCUAUCUCACAGACGUGCGCAGUCUGUCGACUUCAAAGUCGCAUCCUGGCCGUCUGCAUCUCCUAAAGUCCGAGUCGUUGUGGGCCUCUGCCCGCAACGCAAUGUGUACCAAGCCCCCGAAGCCGCUCCCAGGCUUCAGCGAGCUGCGCAUGUGGCAGCUGGCUUGGUCCAGGAGAUGUCAGUUCUGCAAUAAGCUUGAUUCUCUGACUCCAGGCGAGCGCAUAUGGCAAAAGGGCCCCGGCAAAGACGGCGUCCGCGUCAUUUGGCCCUUCGCCAUCAGAGCCUGCGGGCCGUGCCUGCUCAAACAAUGCCAGACGGACGCGAGCCUUCUCUUCUCGGCUGCCUCCGCCCUGCGGCCCGCCCUCCCGUUCGCCCUCCUCACCAGCGACCAGCACUACAUUCCGGCAUACACCCUGCAAUCUGCGAAUACGCCCGCCGACGUCGACAUUGCCAAAUUCUACUACAAGCAGCAUGUCGAGGAGAUCACGCAGGAGAUGAACGAGGCCAUCAGUCGUGGCCCUGCAGCAGCUGAGGAGUGGUCCAAAGGACUCGAUGCUCGCGGAAAAGAACGCAUGAAAGUCGCCGAGAACUGGGAACGCUGGGAGGUGAAGAACCUGUGGCAGGAGGAGCACGAGCGUGCGAAGCGCGCUCCUUCUGCAGCUCCCUCGCAUGCCGCCACGUCACACAAGGACCCGUCUAAAUCACCCCCUCGUCGAACUCCCUCUCCCAUAAUUCAUGCUCCGGUUCCAGCGAUCCCCUCCCUAACAGGUGUAGCACCAUCGUCGCAGCAUGCGCAAGCGCGACCGCCUACUGUUCCACCACAGGCUUUCACCCCUUCUGGCCAGAGAAACCUACACGAUGCAAACGAGGCCAAGGCGACCCGGAAGACCGACAUAGAACGCCGGUGUCAGCAAAUGGACCCUCCUAUCGCUCCCAACGUCUUGCGCCACAUGGACUCGUUCAAAGCCGCUAUCCAGAUUUCACAGCCAAUGAACGACUAUGCAUGGAGUGUGCUCCAACCCCGCUUGAUCGCUCAGCUCCCUGCUGCCCAACAAGCAGAAGCCGACCACGUGGCUCGGGCUGCCUCGUUUCCCACAAAAGCUGCCGACCGCCGCCACACGGACGCCAAUUCCAAGGAGGCCAGGGAAGUCAUGGACCGAGAGUGGGAAGAGUCGCAACGGCCCAUCCGCGACAGACUCGAAGCCAUCGCCGACGACUUCAUUAAUCAGAGCUGGGACCAUGGCAGCGCCGUCACUUACGACAACAGCCCAAAGUUUGCGGCCGACCUACUUGCUCAUGUGCGCCGCACAUACUAUGCCGAGGAACUCGAACAGGACUCUGAUCAUCCCGGGCAACAUACGCAGCCUUCUACUGACAAUAUAACUACUAGGCCCAGGCUCGUCCUGGAUAACAUGAAAUGGGUGUACGACAACAAGAUCAAGCCUUUGACAGAACCAUUCCGGAAGGACAUCUUCCUGUGCCAUGGCGGCGGAUGCGAGUACAACAACAAGUACUAUGGUUUCGAGGGCGUCACGCAGCACUACGGAGCCAAACAUACUGCUGCCUUCAGUUCAGGAAACGUGGUUGUUGCAUGGAGAGAAGCCGAGUGGCCGGAGGAGACUCCCUUCCACCCAGAUCCUCUCUCUGUGAAGCAACCUCAACAUGGUCAUCAUCCCUCUUCUAGUACGAAUGGGUUUGGUGGCUAUUUUGGCGGAUACUCACGCGCAGGGACAUCAACACCUCAUAUGCCAACUCACCAUCCACAGGCGAGCCCUGGUCCUUACAACUAUGGAGGCCAGUACAAUGGACCAUUCGCUCCACCACAGGUUCCUUCUGGCUUCGAGUACCCCCAGCCAUAUGCGACACCCGUGGAUAUGUAUGCACAUCAAGCAAUGGGUCCUCCAGGUUAUGGUGCUCAUGCGGCCCAAAACCCUUACCUGACUUCUCCAGCGAUGAUCAACAAUGCCAUAGCUCCACCACCACCCAACAUGCCACCACCUAGCCAAGGAAUUCCUGAGAUCGCUCCUAGCGGUACAGAAGAUACUGGCCAAAGUACUAGCUCGUUUGACAAGCAAGUAAGUACCGUCAUCGACAUGACCCAGGACAUCUGGAAACGCACCUCGGGGAUCAAAGACAUGCCGAAUAGCCUCCGGAUCUAUGUGUUGCUGCAUCGCGUCAUCUCCAAGUUUCAUGUAGAGUUCAAUCAUGAACCGAACCUGAACCACUUCAUUGAUGCGCUGUCUAAUCAUGAGAUGCCAAAGGCUUUGAAGAAUGCACCAGGACUCUCAUGCAAAGCUUGUCAGACGGGCGCUUCGCAUAACUUGGGAGGUUCCUAUUACUCUAAGUCGGAGGAAAGAACAACCUAUACUGUCCUCGGCCUGUUAUCGCACUUCAGGAGCCAGCAUCUGCCUUUUCAGCAACCAAUGCCUGGCCACGGAAUGCCAAUUGCCCCUCUGGACUGGAAGGAACACAUGAUCGAGCUUCCAAGCGAACGGUUCAUUUCUGGUCUCAUACACGCCCCAGGCAUGGAUGACGAGAAGCUGCUAAUGAUAGCGACCGUCUUUCCCAGCUUGUUCCCUAUGCCACUGCCGAAGAUUGGCGUGAUUGAUAGCCAUGGACUAGCUUCCCCAGCCUCGUCAGGACCCAAGGAUUCAGACAAAACCCCUGGUGCAGCCGAUGUUGCUGGUGAGGGAAUAGCACGCCCCAACUCUGUUAUGAAAGCAGCAGAAACAAAUUCGGCGCUACCACCUAAACCGCUGGAGGCUGGUUAUGAACCUGUUCGACCAAGCCUUGCCGGCGAAUCGAAUGAGGCGUCGGGCUCUAUGAAUAGGAAACGUUCAUAUCGAGAGAGCUCCCCCGCAGAGCGUAGGCAGCACCAUUAUGCUGAGCCGCGAUACUAUCUGCCGAGGGAUCACCUUGAUGACGGCUAUCAUCGCCCCCGGGAGUAUGUGGAGUACGCCCCCAGCCCAAGGAUCAUCCAUGCAGGUCCUACAUAUGAGGAUUACACCGGCCGCCGAACAGCGUUCCGCGAGCAAGAGCGGUUCUAUGGACCACCCGAGGACGUGGUCUACGCACAUCCGCGGGAAGGAAGCCACGGCAGUCGGGAAUACAGUGCCUAUCCCCGCCAGGCUCGAUACUAUGAAGAAGAUGAUCAUCGGUCCGAAUACCGGUUCAUGAACGAGCGUCAGUCAAGGGAUGCCAGUCCACCUCAAGGGCAAUCUGCAGCAGAUCGGUUCCUAGCAGAGAACGAACCCCCACAACCACAACCACAGUCCGAAAAGCUCCUGCACCAGCAGAUGCAACAGCACCUGUUCGCCCACUUGCGCCCCCACAUCCUCGAGCUCCUUCCACUGUUUCCAACAACUCCCGAUAUGACGACUAUCAACCUAACGGGUAUCGGAUGCCAAUGUCUGGACCAAGCGGUCCGCCACGAAGGGCUGGACCUCAACGCCGAAGAGAUCGGCCUAACGAUAACCGGGGACCGUCUCGAUAUCAGCGAUACAUGA